AUGCUCCUUAACACAUGUGAAAUCCAGCCUUUCCCGCAAUAUCGCUCGGAUAACUCCCGCAGAUGUCGUCUACGGAAGUGGUCCGCGACGUCGAUCAAACAUGGAGCAGAAGACCAGCGUAGAAUCAAGAGUGGCUCACUGAAUCUCUUACAUAGUGCAUCGCUUCUAGUGGACACGGAUCGAGAAAAAAAGCACCAUGAUGACAACUCUAUCCAAACGUCAAGAAUUAAUCGCGACGAUAGCUAUGGAGCCCCCAGUCGCAGUCGAGGACCGAAGGAUGUCUUUAACGUCGACAGGGUGCUGGAAGAGUACAAUUACGCUGCAGACAGAGCACGCAUAGUUUUCAUGACGAUGGAUCGACUUCAGCAGAAAAUCGAGGACUCAAUCGAGACCAGCUGCAAUAACAGCGACUUUUUUGAGAUACGUUUAUGGGAUAAUGGGAUACGUUCUGAGGCGCCUUUGAUCGCUCUUUACAUCCACAAAAGAUUGACGAUUUGUAUAAAAUGA